AUGUCUGAAUUACCUGCUUACAGUGCGGCUGAUGUUGCAGCGCAUUCUACCAGAGAUGAUCUUUGGGUCAUCAUUCAAGGGAAAGUCUACGAUGUCACCAAAUACGUACGAGACCACCCAGGCGGCGCAGAUGUUUUGAUCGAUGUCGCUGGAAAGGAUGCAACCGAGGAGUACGCAGACGUUGGCCACUCAGAAGAUGCGGACGAGAUCUUGAACAGCUAUAUGAUCGGUAUCGCUGCCAAUCCUGAGAAGCUGAAGCGCUCAAAGAACGUCAAACUCGUACAGCAAGUGCCGCCAACUGCUGUAGCGAAGAGUGGUUUAGUAGCAUCAGGAGUCGUGAAAGUUGUUGCAGGCUCUCUGACGCUUGCUGGCGCUGCCUACUGCGCGUCAACAUACGGUCCAUCGCCACGCGUUCUCUUCUCCAGACUUCCUCAAUUGCCGACUUCCUCGCUCUCAAGUGGGAACAGCGCCUUCGUCGGUGGUUUUGCGAUUGCCAGCGUUAUCUCCACAAUCGGUGCGGCCGUCGUUGCCAACAAACUCUCCAAGUUUACACAGGUUGAGUCCGGCUUCACAAGGUACCCUCCUCGCCGGAAGCAGCGUCACUACGUCAAGCCAGCGAACCCGCAUCUCGCAAAAGGAUUUCUGGAUGCCAAGGAAUUCAAGCCGCUGAAGGUGGCCAAGAUCGACCAAUUGUCGUCAAAUGUCUUCAAGUACAGCUUCAAGCUUCCCGACCCAAGAGACGUUGUUGGUCUGCCCAUCGGCCAGCACGUCGCCAUCAAGGCUACCAUUGAUGGCAAGUCCGUCACUCGGUCGUACACCCCAACUUCCAACAAUCUCGAUGUUGGCCUGCUGGAACUGGUGAUCAAGAUUUACCCAGAUGGCCAGCUCACAGGCAAGUUCUUCGCAAAUUUGAAGGUUGGAGACGAGGUUCUGUUCCGUGGACCCAAGGGAGCCUACACCCACACAGUCGGACAAUGCAAAAAGAUCGGCAUGAUCGCUGGAGGCACAGGUAUUACACCAAUGUACCAGCUCAUUCGCGCCAUCUGCGAAGACAAAUACGACACAACAGAGGUGUCUCUGAUUCUUGCCAACCGAUCGGAAGACGACAUCCUGCUGCGCAAGGAGCUUGAGACCUUCGCUAGGAGGUACCCCAAGAACUUCAAGCUCUGGUACAUGUUGGACAGCCCACCGGAGAACUGGGCGUACGGUAGUGGCUUCGUUACGGCAGAUGUGAUGAAGGAGAAGCUGCCCGCGCCGGCACCGGACACCAAGAUCAUGCUGUGUGGGCCUCCCGGAAUGGUCAACGCAUCGAAGAAAGCUUUGGCGACACUAGAUUUCAAGGCGCCAGGAGCUGUUGCAAAGAUGUCAGAUGAGAUUUUCUGUUUCUAG